AUGGAAGAGCAAAAGAAUUCCCAGCCUAAAUGGGAGGCCAAGGUUUCUGCAAGGAUAACGAGUGCUUCUCCAGACCAAAUUUGGCCUCUUUACACAGACUUCUUCAACCUUCACAAAUGGUAUCCCGGUCUAACCACAUGUCAUGGCAUCCACGGCACCAACGGUGAGCCUGGUUGCAUCAGGUUCUGCUCAGGUUUCUCAAUCUCUUCCGAGGGUAGUGGCGUCGACAGAGGCUCUGAAAAUUGGGCCAAGGAGAGACUAAUAGCCGUUGAUCAUAUAGGGCAUAGCUUAAGCUAUGAGAUAGUGGACAGCAACAUUGGGUUCAGUUCAUAUGUUGCAACUGUCAAGAUUGUUCCUGGGGCUGAUGGUGAUGAUCAUCAAAAUGGGUGCGUGAUCAAGUGGUCCUUCACUGUUGAUCCUGUGGAAGGGUGGGAAUUGGAGGACAUGAAGAAAAUAUUUCAGGUGGGCCUCCAAGGCCAGGCUAAGAGAAUGGAGGAUGCAAUCUGUCAAGCUUAG